AUGGCCGGGGAGCGGCCCCCGCGGCGGGGCCCGGGGCCUGGGCCCGCGGAGGCGCCGGGGGAGGGCGCGGCCGGGCCGGGGGCCGCGAGUCCGGGCGCGGGCGUGGGUGCGGGCCGGGGCCGGCCGUCGUCCUACCGGGCGCUCCGCAGCGCCGUGUCCAGCCUGGCGCGCGUGGACGACUUCCACUGCGCCGAGAAGAUCGGGGCCGGCUUCUUCUCCGAGGUGUACAAGGUCCGGCACCGCCAGUCCGGCCAGGUCCUGGUGCUGAAAAUGAACAGGCUCCCCAGUAACCGCGGCAACACGCUCCGGGAAGUGCAGCUGAUGAACCGGCUCCGGCACCCCAACAUCCUCAGGUUCAUGGGCGUCUGUGUGCACCAGGGCCAGCUGCAUGCUCUCACUGAGUAUAUGAAUGGGGGGACUCUAGAACAACUGCUCAGCUCCCCUGAACCCCUCUCCUGGCCUGUCAGACUCCGCCUGGCUCUGGACAUUGCCCGAGGCCUGCAGUAUCUGCAUGCCAAAGGUGUCUUCCACCGGGACCUCACCUCUAAGAACUGUCUGAUCCGGCGGGAAGCUCGAGGUUUUACAGCUGUUGUGGGUGACUUCGGGCUGGCUGAGAAGAUCCCCGUGUAUAGGGAAGGCGUGCAGAAAGAGCCACUGGCUGUGGUGGGUUCUCCCUACUGGAUGGCCCCAGAGGUGUUGCGGGGUGAGCUGUAUGAUGAGAAGGCUGACAUCUUUGCCUUCGGGAUCGUCCUCUGCGAGCUUAUUGCACGGGUACCUGCAGACCCCGACUAUCUGCCCCGAACGGAGAACUUUGGCCUGGAUGUGUCUGCUUUCCGGGCACUGGUUGGCGAGGACUGCCCACUGCCCUUCCUCCUUCUGGCCAUUCACUGCUGCAGUAUGGAGCCAGGCACUCGAGCCCCCUUCAGCGAAAUUACCCCACACCUUGAAUGGAUCCUGGAGCAGCUGUCGGAGCCAGCCCCCCUCACCAGGGCACCCCUUAAGCAUACCCCGGGGACUGUUCCAAGAGGGGGUCCCUCGGCCACGCUUCCCAGGCCAGAUCCCCGGCUCUCCAGAAGCCGAUCAGACCUCUUCCUGCCCCCCUCACCAGAAUUACCUCCAAACUGGGGGGACAAUCUGACUCGAGUGAACCCAUUUUCACUACGGGAAGAUCUCAGGGGCGGCAAAAUCAAGCUUCUGGACACACCCAGCAAAUCCGGGGUGCCUCUGUCCCUGGCACCACCCUCACCACUGCCCUCUGCCCCACUACCCCUGGUAACCACUCCAGACACCCAGCUGCAGCCUGUGACCCCAGCCCGCCGUUGCCGUUCCCUGCCCGCCUCCCCUGAGCUCCCCCGGCGGAUGGAGACAGUGCUGCCUGGUCCAGGACCCCCAGCUGCCGGUCCCUCAGCUGAGGAGCAGAUGGAGUGUGAAGGCAGCAGCCCUGAGCCAGAUACUCCCGGAGCAAACCCCCAGCUGACCAUGGCGGUGGCCACUGACAACUUCAUCAGCACUUGUUCCUCAGCUUCUCAGCCCUGGUCCCCUAGACCAGGACCUCCUCUGAACAACAACCCCCCAGCUGUGGUGGUAAACUCCCCACAAGGCUGGGCUGGGGAGCCCUGGAACCGGGCCCAGCACAGUUUACCCCGGGCAUCAGCCCUGGAGCGGACAGAGCCCUCACCACCCCCUGCAGCACCCCGGGAAGCUGAUGAGGGGUUACCCUGCCCUGGCUGCUGCCUGGGCCCCUUCAGCUUUGGCUUCCUGUCUAUGUGCCCACGCCCCGCACCGGCUGUGGCCCGAUACCGCAACCUGAACUGUGAGACAGGCGGCCUCCUCUGCCACCGGGGACACCAUGCCAAGCCCCCCACACCCAGCCUGCAGCUGCCUGGAGCACGCUCUUAGCAUUGGGGCCUGAGGUACACAGGCCUCCUGCUUUGGCUUUCAGGAUGCACCAAGGACAGGACACACGUGCUGGACAGCUGCAGCCCCUUUGGGCUCACUGAUUAUUCUCCCCCAUGUAGGGGACCUCAGCAUAGACUCGAGGGAGUGGACAUGCCUCUUGGCCUCAGAGCUUGCUCUACCGAGAAUCACCAAACAUACACAGUGUUGCUGACAUAGGAGACUAACGUGCAGAUUAUUUAAAAAGAUUUCAAUAAAACUGCCUGGCUGGCUCCGGGCUGCCCCUA